AGCGCCAUGUUGUUUGCAGCUUGCCGUUGGUGUCGGAGCCUCACAGCGCUGCGGCCGCACAGAGUGCGACACACUCCGGCUGACUGACUUUGGAUUUUUUGGGGGUUUCGGGAGAAGCCUGAAGAGAGAAAAGCGGGAGAAACAGGCGGAAAACAGAGAUAUAAGUCGGUUUCUAACGGCGGAAUGGCGGACCGGGACCCGGUACCGCUCCCUGCGGAGGUGCGGGCCAAACUGGCGGAGCUGGAGCUGGAGUUAUCGGAGGGUGAUAUCACACAGAAGGGCUAUGAGAAGAAGCGAUCCAAGCUGAUCGGAGCCUUCUUCCCUCAAUCACCAGGAAUGGAUCCGUCCAUGGGCCAGGAGAGGAGAACCCCGGUCACCCCGUCCUCAUCGUCCCGCUACCACCGCCGACGGUCCUCCGGCUCCAGAGACGAGCGUUACCGAUCAGAUGUGCACACUGAGGCGGUGCAGGCCGCCCUCGCCAAGCACAAAGAGAGGAAGAUGGCCGUGCCGAUGCCUUCGAAGCGGCGGUCGCUGGUGGUCCAGACCUCGAUGGAUGCCUACACGCCACCAGAUACGUCCUCGGGCUCAGAGGGCGAGGGGCAGGGCGACGGCGAUGAGGAGGAGGGCGGAGACGGCGAAGAGGAGGACGGAGGAGGUGGCGGAGGAACCUCGUCCAGCCGGGAGGGGAGCAUCAGCAUGGAGCACUGGAUCAGCCGGGCCAUCCACGGCACCUCCUCCACCACCACCACCACCUCCUCCACGGCCUCCUCCUCCUCCUCCUCCACGCGCAGCGGGGGGAGCGGGGCGGCCGGCGGCAGGCUGGCCGACGUCCUGGCCCAACACGUCCACAUCUCCGCCCACCACAACCGCCACCACCAUCACCAUCACCACCACCGGCACCACCACAAGACAGAGAACCACUCUGCCCCUCCAGAUGUCACCGGCUACACCAACAACACCGCCACCGACGGGAUCCAGGUGGAGAGAGCGCCCGGCGCCGGCAACGCGGCCCAGAGACAGACGCCCAAGUACGGCAACGCGGAGCUGAUGGAGACCGGAGACGGUGUUCCAGUCAGCAGCAGAGUUUCAGCCAAGAUUCAGCAGCUCGUCAACACUCUGAAGAGACCCAAACGGCCGCCGCUCCGAGAGUUUUUUGUGGACGACUUCGAGGAGCUCCUGGAAGUCCAGCAGCCGGACCCCAACAUGCCGAAGGCGGAGGGGGCUCAGAUGGUGGCCAUGCGGGGCGAGCAGCUGGGCGUGGUGACCAACUGGCCCCCGUCUCUGGAGGCGGCGCUGCAGAGGUGGGGCACCAUCUCCCCGAAGGCCCCCUGCCUCACCACCAUGGACACCAACGGCAAGCCGCUCUACGUGCUCACCUACGGAAAGCUGUGGUCCAGAAGCGUGAAGGUGGCCUACAACCUGCUGCACAAACUGGGAACCAAACAGGAACCGCUCGUCAGGCCAGGAGACCGGGUGGCGCUGGUCUUCCCGAACAACGACCCCGCUGCCUUCAUGACGGCCUUCUACGGCUGCCUGUUGGCCGAAGUCGUGCCCGUGCCAAUAGAAGUACCGCUGACCCGGAAGGACGCCGGCAGUCAGCAGAUCGGGUUUCUGCUGGGGAGCUGUGGAGUGACGGUGGCGCUGACCAGCGACGCCUGCCAUAAAGGGUUACCCAAGAGUCCCACCGGAGAGAUCCCACAGUUCAAAGGCUGGCCAAAGGUGCUGUGGUUCGUCACGGAGUCCAAACACCUCUCCAAACCUCCCCGAGACUGGUUCCCUCAUAUCAAGGACGCCAACCAGGACACGGCCUACAUCGAGUAUAAGACCUGUAAGGACGGCAGCGUCCUCGGCGUGACGGUGAUGAGGAUAGCCAUGCUCACACACUGCCAGGCCCUCACACAGUCCUGCUCAUACACAGAAGCCGAGACCAUAGUGAAUGUAUUAGACUUCAAGAAGGAAGUAGGACUGUGGCACGCCAUCCUGACUAGUGUAAUGAACAUGAUGCACGUCAUCAGUAUUCCCUACGCCCUCAUGAAGGUCAAUCCUCUGUCCUGGAUCCAGAAAGUCUGCCAGCACAAAGCUAAGGUGGCGUGUGUGAAGUCGCGGGACAUGCACUGGGCUCUGGUGGCCCACCGGGAACAGCGAGACAUCAACCUGAGCUCCCUGCGGAUGCUGGUGGUGGCUGACGGUUCGAAUCCCUGGUCAAUCUCGUCCUGCGACGCCUUUCUCAACGUCUUCCAGUCUAAAGGUUUGAAGCCGGAGGUCAUAUGUCCCUGUGCCAGCUCCCCCGAGGCCCUGACUGUAGCUAUAAGGAGGCCCGUGGAGGAGGGCAGCACGCCUCCUGGUCGCGGCGUGUUGUCCAUGCAGGGUCUGAGUCACGGCGUGAUCCGGGUCGACUCCGAGGAGAAGCUGUCGGUUCUCACGCUGCAGGACGUCGGCUCCGUCAUGCCCGGAGCCAUGAUGUGUGCGGUGAAACCAGAAGGCGUCCCUCAGCUCUGUAAAGCCGACGAGAUCGGCGAGCUGUGUGUUUGCACUGUCGCCACGGGAACCUCCUAUUAUGGUCUGGCCGGCAUGACCAAGAACACCUUCGAGGUGUUCCCGACGUCCAACAUCGGCGCUCCCAUCAGCGAGUUCCCCUUCACCAGGACCGGCCUGCUGGGGUUCAUCGGACCUGGAGGUCUGAUCUUUGUGGCGGGGAAGAUGGACGGUCUGAUGGUGGUCGGGACGCGCCGGCACAACGCCGACGACAUCGUGGCCACGGCGCUCGCUGUGGAGCCGAUGAAGUUCGUGUACAGGGGCAGGAUAGCGGUGUUCUCCAUCACGGUGCUCCAUGACGAGAGGAUCGUGGUCGUGGCCGAGCAGCGACCCGACUCCACCGAGGAGGACAGCUUCCAGUGGAUGAGCCGAGUUCUGCAGGCGAUAGACGGUAUCCACCAGGUGGGGGUGUACUGCCUGGCUCUGGUGCCCUCCAACACUCUGCCCAAGACUCCUCUGGGUGGCAUCCACCUGUCUGAGACCAAGCAGCUGUUCCUGGAGGGGGCGCUGCACCCCUGCAACGUGCUCAUGUGUCCGCACACCUGCGUCACCAACCUGCCCAAACCGCGGCAGAAACAACCAGAGAUCGGUCCGGCGUCUGUGAUGGUCGGGAAUCUGGUGUCGGGGAAGAGGAUCGCUCAGGCCAGCGGCAGAGAUCUGGGUCAGAUCGAAGACAAUGACCAGGCAAGGAAGUUCCUCUUCCUGUCGGAGGUGUUACAGUGGAGAGCUCAGACCACUCCGGACCACGUCCUGUACACACUGCUCAACUCCAGGGGUACGACAGCCGGCUCACUCACUUGUGUUCAGCUGCAUAAGAGGGCAGAGAAGAUCGCCGGCAUGCUGGCCGAACGUGCCCACCUGCAGGACGGAGACCACGUCGCGCUGGUCUACCCUCCAGGUGUCGACCUCAUCGUGGCGUUUUACGGCUGCCUUUACGCCGGCUGCGUGCCGAUCACGGUGCGACCGCCUCACCCGCAGAACAUCGCCACCACGCUGCCCACCGUCAAGAUGAUCGUGGAGGUGAGUCGCUCAGUGUGCGUGAUGACCACACAGCUCAUCUGCAAACUGCUGAGGUCGAAGGAAGCCUCGGCCGCCGUGGACGUCCGGACCUGGCCUCCCGUCAUGGACACGGAUGAUUUGCCAAAGAAGAAACCUCCUCUGCUGUAUAAACCGUCCAACCCCGACACGCUGGCCUACCUGGACUUCAGCGUCUCCACCACCGGCAUGCUCGCUGGAGUCAAGAUGUCUCACACAGCCACCAGUGCCUUCUGCCGCUCCAUCAAGCUGCAGUGUGAGCUUUACCCGUCCAGAGAGGUCGCCAUCUGCCUGGACCCGUACUGCGGCCUGGGCUUCGUCCUCUGGUGCCUUUGCAGUGUGUACUCAGGUCACCAGUCCAUCCUGAUCCCUCCGUCAGAGCUGGAGGUGAAUCCGGCUCUCUGGCUGUCGGCCGUCAGUCAGUUCAAAGUCCGAGACACUUUCUGCUCCUACAGCGUCAUGGAGCUCUGCACCAAAGGCCUCGGCCUGCAGACCGACUCUCUGAAGUCUCGAGGGUUGGACUUGUCCCGGGUGAGGACCUGUGUGGUCGUGGCUGAGGAGCGUCCCAGGACGGCCCUGACGCAAUCCUUCUCCAAACUCUUCAAGGACCUGGGGCUCCACCCUCGAGCCGUCAGCACCUCUUUCGGCUGCAGGGUCAACCUGGCCAUCUGCCUGCAGCCUCACAGGCUGGGAAAGCUUGCCGACCAGGGCACCUCAGGACCCGACCCCACGACUGUGUAUGUUGAUAUGAGAGCGCUUCGGCACGACAGGGUCCGGCUGGUGGAGAGGGGCUCGCCACACAGCCUGCCUCUGAUGGAGUCUGGGAAGAUUCUGCCGGGGGUCCGGAUCAUCAUCGCCAACCCAGAAACCAAGGGACCAAUGGGAGAGUCGCAUCUGGGCGAGAUCUGGGUGCACAGCGGCCACAACGCCAGCGGUUACUUCACCGUGUACGGAGACGAGGCGCUGCAGUCGGACCACUUCAGCUCCAGGCUCAGCUUCGGAGACACGCAGACCGUCUGGGCUCGGACCGGAUACCUGGGCUUCCUCCGCCGGACCGAACUGACCGACGCCAGCGGAGAGCGCCAUGACGCGCUGUACGUGGUCGGCGCUCUGGAGGAAGCCAUGGAGCUGCGAGGGAUGCGUUACCACCCCAUCGACAUCGAGACCUCCGUCAUCAGGACGCACAAGAGCAUCACAGAGUGCGCGGUGUUCACGUGGACCAACCUGCUGGUGGUGGUGGUGGAGCUGGACGGCUCGGAGCAGGAGGCCCUGGACUUGGUCCCGCUGGUCACCAACGUGGUGCUGGAGGAGCACUACCUGAUCGUGGGCGUGGUGGUGGUGGUCGACAUCGGCGUCAUCCCCAUCAACUCCCGCGGCGAGAAGCAGCGCAUGCACCUGCGCGACGGCUUCCUGGCCGACCAGCUGGACCCCAUCUACGUGGCUUACAACAUGUAGCGCCCCCCGGUGGCCCGACGUGAAGGUGGAUGAAGGAUUCAUCAAGGAGGAUGCAAAGACGGUCAGCUCCUGAGACUUGAACGAGCAGAACCGGAGCUCUGAGGCCGAGUUCGUGGCACGACAGGCAGCACUUUCUCCCAGGCUCGGUGGGAUUCGAACUCAGCCUGAGAGGAAGUGCAGUCGCCUCCCCCGUCCAGAGCAAGAAAGUCAGAGUCCGUUUGUGUGGAUCGUUUACUGAAAAGCGUCAGGGAGGCGGCAGAAGAGGACAAUCGUUAACGUAGCAAUCCGGGCGUCACUCUAUAUUUUCCCGUUAAAGUCGGUUGUUUUAAAAUGUUUUGUUGGUAUUUUAACAUGUCCUCGGGAAAAAAAAAAAAAAAAGUGUAGGCUAUUUUUUUGAAAAGGAUAUUUACACACAAAAAAAACAAACAAAAUAAACUGUGGCAAAAAUGAUAUUUUAGGUUUUUACGAUAUCAAACCAUUAAGGAGCGAGAUAUGUUUUGAUACGAGGGCGGGGUCAGAGCGAGGUACGACACGUUUGUUUCUUGUUUUUUUUUUUUUUGUAAGUGUUUCAUUUUUUUGUAUCAUUUCCUGAACCGUCCGUCCGUCACAUCUCAGCAGGAGAUCAGCGUGCUAACUUUCAGAAACAGCUGCAGCCUUUAACUCCCUUUAUUUUUCCGUACAAACGCGCUUCGACCGAAGCGAACGCGACACAUUAAUCCAUAUCAUGUAAGUAUGUACAAAAAGAAACUGAUUUAAUUUAUUUUGUUUCUCUUUUAGAAGUAUAUGACUGAGACGUUCAAGAAUGUUUUGCUCUUGAAUAUUUGCUAAUAUAAAGAAACAAAAAAAGGCGUUGUAUUAUCUGGAGUGAAGCUCGCUCGCAUCAAGCAUAUUAUGGAAAAAAUAGAAAUAUAUGAUUAUAGAUUAUAUUAAGAGAUGAGUGAAGGAUUCACAGCAGACAGAAGCAGUUUGACACACAACGCUGUUUUUUUUUUUUUUUUUUUUAAAUCUGCGUGUUGGUCUGAAGAACGAGUGAAACUUUGAGGAGUUUGAUUCCACGUGAAGAGUUCUGAUCCAAAAACACCCAGAGACGGAAGAUUUACACCAACUUUUAUUAAAUUACAGCUAUAAAAGUUUUCAGUAGACUUCUUUUUAAACAUAGUUCUUUAAAUCGGUAACUUGCGUUCUCAAAUAGAAAAAAAAAAAA